UGGAGCAACUAAGAGGAAAUCAUUCAGAGGACGCAGAAGAAAGCAGGAAAGAUAAACAGAUGAUAGUUUCACAAAAUUUGUAUAGAACGAAGGCUGUAGAUGCUGUGGGUUUCUCUAGAGAUGUGAUUCAGGCACCCUAUCAAACUGGAAAGAAAUAGUUACAAGUGUUUUAUGUCAGCAAAAUGCUAAUAUGAUCAAGAUGGAGUCUGUCCUUGUGCUUUUGCAGAGCUGGAUUUGUGUGACUCUGGAGGAUUCCCAGUAGAGAUGUUAAAAUGAUGAAACUCUCUCUCCCUCUGGAAUUCAUUGCAGUCAUGACAUCUCCUCUGGUCCUGUAUAGAAUGUACCUUGCAGCCUGUUGCUGAACUGUUAUGACAUGUCUCUAGCAAUCAGAAAGAGAAGCUGGGAAGAACAUGUGACCCAGUGGAUGGGCUUGCCUUUUAAUUCUGUUGAGUAUAAUACAGCAUGUCAUCAUGGACUUGUAGCUGAUAACUUUCAAGAAAGUAUGGAAAAAGAUGAAGUUUUGAAUGUGGACCGGAAAGAAAAAUGUGCUUCUUUACCAGACUGCUGUCAUGGUGGAGAACUGAUUGGCUUCCCUGCAAAGCUGCUUAGCAACAUUUCAAAAGAGGUGGAUGAAAAUGAUAACCAUGAGGAUGAGGAGCAUUUUCUUUCUUUGGAGGCCAGCACAGAAACUUUGGUCCAUAUUUCUGAUGGUGAUGAUGACGAUGUUUCAAACCUCUGUUUGGAUAAAGUUAACCACCAGUUCACUAUUGGAAGGAAACUAACAGAUGAAGAGCAGAGUUUAGGAGGAGCAGGCUCCUUAACAAAUAUGGUAGCAAUGAUUAAAACAAACAGGGAAUCUAACAUUUCUGAAACAAUAGGAGAUAUUGAUGAACUUGACUAUGACACAGUCCCCAACGAAGAGAAGGAAGAAGAGGACAUUUGUGGCAGUAUUGGGAAAACCCUGGAGCUUUGUAAUUAUAAAGGCUUAAAUGAAGUAAUAGAUGCCCCAAGAGAAAAUCUCUCCAGUUCUCUAAAUGUGAAGGAAAUUAUGCCUGAGAAACAGCUGCUUCAUACUGCUGUAAUUGCACAACAGCGUAGGAAAUGUGAUGCUCCUAAAGAUAGGCAUGAAAAGGCUGACUAUAACGUGGUCCAGGGUGAGUUUUCUCCUGGUCUGUAUACUGGCAGUGGUAGACAACCAUUCUCAAAAGCAGACUCCAGCAACUACCUUAUGCAAUCUCCUCUCAGUUCCCAUAUAAUGUCAAUGGAAAAUGGACUGGAUGAAAGUGGUUACACAGAACCUCAAGUGGUUCCUGAAAAAAAAUGCCUUACAAAUAUCAGUCCAGUGGAAGGCACGCAAUAUUUACAUUUGAAGGAUAAUCUGUCCACCCAUGAAUCUACAGACAAUCAAGUGAAACUGCGCAAAAGAAAGGAAAUGAGAGAAGAUCGAGAUCGGUCACGAUUGGACUCCAUGGUGCUGCUAAUUAUGAAACUGGACCAGCUCGAUCAGGAUAUUGAAAAUGCUCUCAGUACAGGCUCUUCACCAUCCAGCACCCCAACGUACAAACGGAGGCAUAUACCUGAUUUGGAAUCUGGGUCUGCAAGUGGAGCAGACAUUGUUUCAAUAAGUCACUCCCAAACACACUUGCCUCCUGAUAUCCAUGCUGCUGACCUAACAUCUCCAUGUCCAAUGGCUGGCUCUGGAGCUAAACCCAAGGCUGGGGCUAUGCCAGUUAUUUCAGAAAAGGAGAAGGCUGGUGCUAACUUUCUGCUUAUUGUUAAAAGCUACUGUGAUGUAUUUGAAGUUUUGAUAAUCAAACACUGAAGACGGGACUGUUCACCUGAGCUAGGAAAACAGGAUUUAUCCCAUUGACUGGGGAUCUUUGCUGUCUUAAUAGAGGAUAACAGGGAAUUAUGGUCUUCUGGAGUGUUUUAUUGUAGAUGUUCCUUGUGCAAAAACAGUUAAGCACCUCUACAAUAUUAAGGGACUACCUUUGUAUCAGUUUAUGGUAUUUAUGCUAUCUGAAUGCCAUAACUAUUCUGAUUUGAUUAUGUGGCAGUCUUAGAAGUGGUCAUAGUAGUGCCCAGACAUUGUGAAUUGGCUGUAUUGUUGCUGUAAAUGGUAGAGUAUUUUGCACCCACAAAAACCUCUUGCCAUAUAACUCAAAGUACAAUUUAUGUGGGUAUCUUUUGUAUUUCUUUUUACUGAUAAUUUGUGUUGACACCCAUUAACUAUAGCAUUAAAAUGACUUUCAAAUGUUCAUAGGAAUGCUUAGACACUACUUGUAGUUUGGUUUCUGAUGUUUAUUUGUGACAUUUUCAGGGCUGGUGGGUUUUUUUGGAGGGGGGGGCGGUUGUUUUUUUGUUCUUUAGCUUGCUGGUUAAGCAAUGCUCAGAAAGAAAAGCUAUGGUUAAAGCAGCUGGUUUUCCAGGAUGUCACUAGCAAUUUUAGCUGGUAAAGUUCAUAGUAAUUCCCAAAACUAUGUCUAAUAUUUAACAAGCCCAUAACUUGUAAAAUUUGCAAGAGGACUUCUUCUUUUGUGAUGGUGGUGGUAGUGGUGUUAUUAUUAUUAAAGUGGUCAUCAAGCGGUUACUCAGAGUAUUAUGAGUUGGAGUCCUGCUCCAUCCCUCCUUGACUUGCUCUUUUAAUUAGUGUGUGUUUUCCGCACAACUGUGUUUGUAUAUAGUUGAAUAAAGCAGCACAUUCCCAGCCUUCAGUAUUGUAAGUAGAAUGCGUUCCUUGUGCACUGAGUGGCCCUUACAAAACUGGUGACAAGAAAGAACAUAAGAAUGGCAAUGUAUGGGAAACUUGAGGAGUUUAAUGCAGGAAUGUAUGGAAAGAUCGGGUACUGUUUUCUUGCAAAUGAGAUAGCAAUUUUCCUCAGUGUCUGUGGCAAUAAAACCUACUUUCUCUCUUAAGGAGUUUGUUAGAACCUCAGACACCAGAAGUUUAGAACACCUGCAAAAGAGGUUAACAGAGCACUGCACAUCAAAGCCAAACAUUAUUGUGGAAUGUUUCCUAGUAGAAUGAGGAGGCCAGGUGAAAGUGUACUGUAUAUGUGACAGAGCUAAAAAGAUUAACAGAAUAUUGUUCAUUCGGAAAUGUCCUAGAGGAUAUGCUGUGGGACAGAUUUAUUUAUGGCAUUAAUAAUGAGAGAGAAUUCACAGAAAAUUCCUGACAGGGGAGAACUUACCCUGACUCAAAGCAGUAGAAAUAGGAACAACAAUAGAAGCAGCAGUGAAAAGCUUACAACAUUUGCACUUACAGCAAAUCAUACAGAUUCAAUAAAGAAAGCUGGAAGGGACUCCAGGCUCUGGAGUGGUGUUUCCACUGUGCAUCAGUGCAAAGCAGGACUGAGCCCACUAGUGAAUACUGGAGUGACCCUGUGUCCUAUACCAGAGAACCUGUCUGGGUGGUAGGUUCUGUACUAAGCCCCAUAAAAUAUAAAAGCCCAAAAAAGGAAAGGGAAAAAAAUUACUGGUUCUAGGGAUCUGAGGACAAAGGCAAAAUCUGCUAGAAAAAGAUCAGUUACAAGAUCUAAAACUGAAUUGUAGGAAAUUUUUGGAUGAGACCCUAGCAAAACACCAGCACUCCAGGAAGUCCUGGAUGCUCACUCAAUCAUUUUUAAAGAAGGAUUUAAGACUUUGGAAGGUUUAACAGCCAGGAUUUAUAUCCAAGAUGGUGUCAAACCAAAAUACUUUAAAGCAAGAUCAGUUCCUUUUGCCCUCAGAGAAAAGACUGAAACUGAGUUAGAUAUGCCCUUCUUUUCCAGCCAGUGACAGACAACGUCAUGGCAAUUGAGAAGGCUCCAGCCCCUCAGAACACAACUGAGCCAUGACCACUGUGCUGGGUGUUCUACAAAUACAAAGCAAAAAGACAGCCCCUGCCCCAGUGCUUACUUUGUAAAGAAAGAGGGGCCAGGGCUCAAGCAAGAAUGAUAAUACUGUUCCUAGAAUAAAACGAUGUCCUCCACACAACAUGACCCCAUAUGUGCCAUACAUGAAAGGUCAUGCUUUCCAUGCAAGUGUAGAAUUGCAUUCCUCACUAAAUGCCACUGACAGAAGAGGUGAAAGUUGUUGCUGGC